AAAUUCAAUCAAAUUAAAAAGAUGGGUUCAUACAGAAUCAGUUUGGUUUUCAUAAUAGGAAUCAUAUCAGUACUAAUUAUGCAGAGUGUUAACUGCAGCAAUGAAGAUCUUGGAGGUCCUAGCAUUUUCGAUAACUACGAGUUUGCAUGGGGUUCUGACCAUGUUCGAACAUUCGGCGGUGGCACAGACGUUCAAAUAUUUCUCGACCAGUCAUCCGGUGCACGUUUUGAAUCCAAGGCGGCAUACGGGGGAGGUUACUUUAGCAUUGAGAUCAAAGUACCAGGCAGGAACUCAGCUGGAGUUGUUACAACUUUUUAUUUGACUUCAGUGUCGGAAAAUGGCCAUGAUGAGUUGGAUUUUGAGUUUCUGGGCAACAAAGAAGGCCAACCUGUGUAUUUACAAACCAAUGUAUUUGCAGAGGGUAAAGGGGAGAGGGAGCAAAGAUUCAAAUUAUGGUUUGACCCCACAGCAGAUUUCCAUCGAUACACUAUCUUUUGGAACCAACAUAUGAUAGUAUUUUACGUGGAUGAUUCUCCGAUCCGGGUUUUCAAGAACAAUCGGAAUAUAGGAGUUGGGUAUCUAUCAAAACCCAUGAAGAUAGCAGCAAGUAUAUGGAAUGGAGAUGGCUGGGCAACAGAUGGUGGACGGACUAAGAUUAAUUGGGCAUAUGCACCAUUUAUAGCUGGAUAUAGGGACUUCACUGUCAGUGCAUGCCCUGUCGGCGACUCUGACAAUAUUGAUGCUUGCAUUUCUCCAAAUCCUUGGUGGAAUCAAGAGGGGUUUUGGACAUUAGGUCCCUCCGAGGAUCACAUAUAUCAAUAUGUUAAGAGCACGUAUAAGAUAUAUGAUUACUGCACAGAUCAGACAAAGAAUCCCACGCCGCCUCCAGAAUGUGGACAGUGACAUCAACCUAAAAUUUCCUUUAUUUCAACUGCAAAUCAACUUGUCAAUUUAGACAAACAAAAUAAGCAAAAACAGAGAGAGCCUAGACUGUCACAAAGUAGUAACUCUUAAUCUGCUGCAGUUUCCUUGUAAGUGACUAUAUAGUCAUAGAAUAAACUUUUAUUAGUAAAUGAGCAACUCCCAAUAGUGACACUGGA